AUGCGUGCCAACCUUCCUCUUGUGGCUGCCGUUGUCGGUUUAGCCUCCGCCCUGCCUACGGACGUGGACGCCGGCCUGGAGAAGCGUGCCGUCCCGACAGUCUGGACAUGCGGUGACAGCACCAUGGCGAAGGGCGGUGGCGGCGGCGGAACUGAGGGUUGGGGCCCCUUUUUGCAGUACUCGUUCUCGACCAGCAAGGCCAAGGUCGACAACCGCGCCAUUGGCGGACGCAGUGCCCGCUCCUACACCCGCGAGGGCCGGUUUGAUACUGUCGCCGGCCUCGUGCAGCCCGGAGACUGGGUCAUCAUGGAGUUCGGACAUAACGAUGGCGGUUCUUUGUCGACAAGCGACAACGGCCGGACUGAUUGCUUCGGCGCCGGCACUGAGACGUGCAAGACCACCUACAAUGGCGUCCAAGAGACCGUCCAGACGUUCCCUACCUACCUUAAGAAUGCCGCGACAAAGUUCGCGGCUCGCGGUGCUAAGGUUAUCAUUUCCGCCGCUACUCCCAACAACGUUUGGGAGACUGGUAGCUUCCAGUGGAAAGCCGACCGCUUCUACUACUACAGCUGGCUCGCUGUUGAGCAACUCGGCGGCCCCUCCAAGGGCUUCUACUUCGUCCCUCAUGGCGAGUAUGCUGCUCAGGCCAUGAAGAACCUCGGCGCCAAAACGAUCAACGAGAACUACCCCAACGACCACACCCACACCGCGCCUUUCCUUGCCGACGUCAUGCACAAGGCCUUCAUCCUCGGCCUCGAGUGCGGCACCAGCGGCCUGGCCAAGCUGGCCAAGAACAGCACCUCUUCUCUCACCUCGACCUACCUGGGCGGUUGCAUCGACAACUACAACUCCACCGGCCAUGCUCUCCUGCGAUAA